AAGACUGAUUUUCGCGCCGUGGCAGGAGUGGCUGACACGGUGGCGGCGAUGGCAACGGCUGGCGUGAACGGCCGGUCAGCCGUGUUGCGAGUCGAGUGGAGAUGCAGAAGAAGCGGCAGCAACGGCGGCAUCAUGUCAUAGCUUUAGAAGACAAGAAUUCAAUUUUCUUCAUCGGCAGUACAGGAAAGCUCACCUGGAACUGCACUUCGAGCUGUCUCAUGCCAACAGCAGCUUCAAAGAGAAUGGUCACAGCUGCCAUCGUCGCGUGCUAC